GUGCUCAGAUACAAGUACACACCUCCUUCAUGCAGAGGCGAUAGCUGCACACACAGUUUGUCUCACAGCAGGACCUGCAUCAUGAGCUGUGACCAGACCUAUCCGUUCCCACAGGUGUUUCUUGUGGAUAGAAGUGGAGGUCCUCAGCACUCUGCCCAGCCACCGAGUCUCGUACCCUGCUGGUCCUUCCCGCCUGCCCAGGAGAGGGUCAGGGGCCAUGGGAAGAGUCGGGGUUGCAUGGGAGUCAGUCACGGCGUGGCCCUGGUCGUGCUGAUGCUCUUCCUGCUUGUGUUUGCGGCCCUGGGCUUCGAAGCCUACCAGAUUCACAACAUGCAGACGGAACUGAGAGCGAUGAGAGAGGUUAAACCUGUGACUGAAUAUAACACAGCUCAGAAGCAAAUUGGUCUCUAUGAACCUGAGUUGAAUGGAAAAGAAAAAGACAACAGACCUGCCGCACACUUGAUGGGGCGGAUUGAAAAAAAAGAAUUCCCUAACACUUUGCGGUGGGAGUCGCAGGUUGGUCGGGCGUUCACGUCAGGGGGAGUGGCAUACCGGUUUGCUGAUGGUGCUCUGCAAGUCAACGAGACCGGACUCUACCACAUUUACUCACGAGUGGAGCUGAUCUUUAAGGACUGCUCCCCUACAUCCUCGUUUGUUCACUCUGUGUUUGUGAGGAGAGCAGAACGUCCCUCACCUGUGAAGCUGAUGGAGGCCCACAGAGCAGGUUUCUGCUCUCAGCAGCCGGGACACUCCUGGACCACUGAGAGUUACCUCGGCUCCGCCCUGCAGCUGCAGAAACACGACAAAGUUUUUGUGAACGUAUCGCACCCCAGUUAUCUUAGUCAUGCACAUUAUGCCAACUUCUUUGGUCUCUACAAGAUCUGAAGAGUUGGGGCUUUGUGUUUUAGUGUCAUAAUUGUACUCCAGUGAAUGUAAACUGCUCAGAAUGUCUCAGGCAGGAGUGAAUCUUACUCAUCACUUUACCCGAAUGAUUCCUAUGUUGAAUGUGAUUCUUAUGACAUAUCAUAACUGCACUGAAUAGCAUGAAUAUGAAAGGGUCUGCAAUGUUAAAUCCCAGAGAAAAUAUUGCACAUGCACUCUUUAUUGCCAGCUUUAAAAUUGGAGGUGAAAUAAAUUGAAGCAAUUUCCACACGUAUGGAUAAACAAAUAGUGUGCCUUUUAUAAAUGCUGAGAGAAUCGGUUAACACUAACACGGUGGUUUAGUUAUAGCAUUGUUAAAAUAUUUAUUUUAGUGUGGAUCUGACUCUUGUGAUGUCUAAAUGUGUGCUUAUGAAAGUGAAAAAGUGUUAUAUGAUGGUUGUUUGAUUAAGUAAAUAAAGAGAUAAUUUAAGUUGA